ACAAAUUCCAUUACAUUUUUAUUAAUUGUGUUGAAAAUUUAUCGCAAUUUCUAAUGUUAAAUUAGUGUAAAAAGUGUAGCAAUGGAGUUGGAUUCAAAGUUGGAAUCUGAUCCUUCAAAUGAUCCAGGACAAGAUUCCAACCACAACACAGAAAAUCAACAAAUUCCAACACCAAACACUGAUUUUACAAACACAAAUACUCAAUUUGAACCCAAUAACACUUACAAUACAGCUGAGAACACUCAUAAUAUUGCUGAUAACACUCAUAAUAUAACUGAUAUUUCAGAGAUUACACUUGGAAAUCCUCAAGUUCCUACUACAAAUCCUCAGUUUAUGCCUGAAAAUGUACCAAAUCUGCCCUUUCCACCCGGUAAUAUACCCAUCCUCAAUCCAGGUAAUAUCCCUAUGAUUCCAAUGCCACCACCGGGUACCGUACCUUUUCCAAUACCUAUGCCUAGUACUGUGCCAAUGCCUGGUACUAUACCAAUGCCUGGUACUAUACCAAUGCCUAGUACUAUACCAAUGCCGAUGAUGCCUAUACCGAAUGGUAUACCGAUGCCCCCAAUGCCUAACACUGUGCCCGUACCAAUGCCCAUGCCUAUGAUGCCCACUAAUAUUAUUCCUAACAUGCCCAUUAGUCCUCCACCAGGAUUCAAUCCCACCGCUAACUCUGUUACUGUUAACGGUGUUAACGGUGUUAACAGUGUUAAUGGUGUGAACAGUGUGAAUAGUGUAAAUAGUGUGAAUAGUGUAAAUGCUGUGAAUAGUGUUAACGGUACUGAAGGUAGUUCGGAGGUCAGGUUCCACUUUGGGGACUUUGAGCGUUUGCAGGAUAAGGCUCGAAAGUGGCAAAAACUAAACACUAAAAAAUUUUCUAAGCCCUCAAACGCCGCGGCGGCGAGUUCGCUAAACUUACAAAUGCCGCCGGAGCAUGUGAGGAAGGUGAUUCGUGACCACGGUGACAUGAGUAGUCGCAGGUAUCGCUAUGACAAGCGUGUGUACCUGGGAGCGUUAAAGUAUGUACCGCACGCAGUGUAUAAACUGUUAGAGAACAUGCCAAUGCCGUGGGAGCAAGUGAGGAAUGUGCGGACGCUGUACCACAUAACAGGCGCCAUAACAUUUGUAGAUGAGAUACCGUGGGUGGCUGAUCCGAUCUUCCUAGCGCAAUGGGGGACCAUGUGGAUCAUGAUGCGUCGUGAGAAAAGAGACAGACGCCACUUCAAGCGCAUGAGAUUUCCGCCAUUUGACGACGAAGAACCGCCAAUAGAUUAUGGUGAGAAUAUAUUGGACUUGGAACCGCUGGAAGCUAUACAAAUGCAACUUGAUCCUGAAGAGGAUCAAAGCGUAAUUGAGUGGUUCUAUGAUCAUAAACCGCUGCAAUACAAUUGUAAACACAUCAACGGCACAAGUUACAGAAGAUGGUUUCUAACGCUGGAGCAAAUGGCCGUGCUGUUCCGCCUGGCAUCACAACUGUUCUCUGAUAUUUUGGACGAUAAUUACUUUUACUUGUUUAAUUUGAAGGCGUUUUACACGGCGAAGGCGCUGAAUACGGCGAUUCCGGGCGGGCCGAAAUUUGAGCCUCUGUACCGUGACAUCGAUGAUGACGAAGACUGGAAUGAGUUCAAUGAUAUAAGUAAACUAAUCAUUAGACAACAGAUAAGAACAGAGUAUAAAAUAGCAUUUCCAUACUUAUACAACUCUAGACCCAGGAAAGUCGCCAUGGCCAAUUAUCACACUAAGUUGUGCUCGUACAUCAGACAUGAAGAUCCAGACCUGCCAAUCUUUCAUUUUGAUCCCAUUAUUAACCCCAUUCCUUCGUAUACCAUUGAUAAUAUAGAUUAUAGAGUUAAGGAUUAUAGUAUCAAGGGGCUGGAUAGUGCCGUCAAUGGAGUUGGCACCAUGGUCAAUGGUGUAGGAGACUACAGCAUCAAAGGCAUGGAAUUCAGUGAUGCCAACUGUAUUAAUGGUAUCAAUGGUGUAAAUGAGGUUAAUGGUAUCAAUGGUGUAGAUGGAGUAAAUGGUGUUAACGGUGUAAAUGAGGUUAACGGUGUAAAUGGUGUUAACGGUGUAAAAGGUGAUAAAAAGGUUGAGAAGGAAAAGAAGAGAGAAAGAAGAAGUCGAAGUAGAGAAAGAAAGAGAAGUCGUAGCAGAUCAAGAGAAAGAAGAAGUAAAAGAGAUAGAAGACAUAGGUCUAGGGAUAGAAGAAGUCGAUCAAGAGACCGUAGGAGUAGGUCUAGAGAUAGAACUACUAGAGAAAAGGAUAAAAGUAAAAAUACUAAUACUGACAAGCACACUGUCACUAAACCCGUGAAACCCACUGCCGACACUACUACAAAUCAUACCACUAAUGAUGCUACUAGUCAAACUACUAUUCAAACUGCAAAUCACAUUAACAACGUUUAUACACCUAAUCCACACACUACGAAAAGUAUUACUCCCACCCAUACGCCAGUGGAGUAUGGGUUGGGUGAAAUAAAACCGUUGUUAUCAUUUGUGGAGUUGGAGAAUGAGAGGACUGGGAAUGGAGUAAGUUUAUACUGGGCGCCACAUCCGUUUAAUAAGCGCAGCGGGAUGUGUCGUCGAGCGAUAGAUUUACCAAUAGUGAAUUCAUGGUAUAGAGAACAUGUACCAAAGGAUUAUCCGGUGAAAGUGAGAGUAAGUUACCAGAAACUAUUAAAGGGCUGGGUCAUCAGUAAUUUACACAGUAAGAGACCAAAAGGAAUGAAGAAAAGAAGAUUGUUCAAGGUGUUUAGAGGGACUAAAUUCUUUCAGAGCACUGAGUUGGACUGGGUGGAAGUAGGGCUCCAGGUGUGUCGCCAAGGUUACAAUAUGCUAAACCUGCUAAUACACAGGAAGAAUCUCAAUUACCUCCAUUUAGACUAUAAUUUUAACCUAAAGCCCGUGAAAACAUUGACUACUAAGGAGAGAAAAAAGUCAAGAUUUGGUAAUGCGUUUCAUCUGUGCAGGGAGAUACUGAGGCUGACGAAGUUGGUAGUAGACUCGCAUGUGCAGUACAGAUUAGGAAAUGUGGAUGCAUAUCAGCUGGCAGACGGACUACAGUAUAUAUUCUCCCAUGUGGGUCAAUUGACGGGAAUGUACCGGUAUAAAUACCGUUUAAUGCGUCAAGUAAGAAUGUGUAAGGAUUUGAAGCAUUUGAUAUAUUAUCGAUUUAACACUGGACCUGUGGGAAAAGGGCCAGGAUGUGGUUUCUGGGUCUGUGGCUGGCGUGUAUGGUGUUUUUUCCUGAGAGGGAUUUUACCCCUGUUGGAACGCUGGCUUGGGAAUUUACUAGCACGUCAAUUUGAAGGUAGAAUUACCAAAGGCGUGGCUAAAACCGUGACGAAACAAAGAGUUGAGUCACACUUCGAUCUAGAACUACGUGCAGCAGUUAUGCAUGAUAUUUUAGAUAUGAUGCCAGAAGGAAUACGUGCCAGUAAGAGUAGAACAAUUUUGCAACAUUUGUCUGAGGCGUGGCGUUGUUGGAAGGCGAAUAUACCCUGGAAAGUGCCACAGUUGCCGUCACCGAUCGAGAAUAUGAUCUUGAGAUAUGUCAAGUUAAAAGCUGACUGGUGGACUAACGCGUGUUACUAUAACAGGGAACGUAUAAAAAGAGGCGCCACAGUAGAUAAAACAGUGUGUCGUAAGAAUCUGGGCCGUUUGACCAGAUUAUACCUCAAAUCUGAGCAUGAGAGACAGCAUAAUUAUUUAAAAGACGGGCCGUAUUUAUCAGGAGAGGAAGCUGUGGCGAUUUAUACCACGGCCGUACACUGGCUAGAGUCGAGGAAAUUCGUGCAUAUCCCAUUCCCGCCCUUGAAUUAUAAACACGACACUAAGAUAUUAAUAUUGAGUUUAGAACAGUUGAAGGAGCCGUAUGCAUCCAAGGGUAGGUUAAAUCAGUCACAAAGAGAAGAGUUGGGCCUGAUAGAACAGGCGUAUGAUAAUCCACAUGAGUGUUUAAGUAGAAUUAAACGUCAUCUCCUGACACAGCGAGCGUUUAAAGAAGUUACUAUAGAAUUUUUUGACAUGUAUUCUCACUUGAUACCGGUUUAUGAUAUUGAUCCGCUGGAAAAAAUUACUGACGCCUAUUUGAAUCAGUACCUAUGGUAUGAAGCGGAUAAUAGGAAGUUGUUCCCAAAUUGGAUUAAACCUUCAGACUCAGAACCGCCGCCACUCCUGGUAUACAAACUAUGCCAAGGCAUUAAUAAUUUUACCAACAUCUGGGAUACCUUUGACGCCGUUAGCGGGGAACCCACCUACGUAGUACUGCUCUGUACGAAAUAUGAUAAAGUGUAUGAAAAAGUUGAUCUGACCCUGUUAAACAGAUUGUUAAGGUUGAUCGUGGAUCAUAAUAUAGCGGAUUAUAUAACGGCCAAGAACAAUGUGUCAAUAGCGUUUAAGGACAUGUCACACGUGAAUAGUUUUGGAUUUUUAAGAGGAUUGCAGUUUUCACCGUUUGUCUUCAUGUAUUAUUCUCUGGUGCUGGAUUUGCUGUUGCUGGGACUAGGCAGGGCUACGGAAAUUGCAGGUCCCUACAACGCUGAAAAUGAAUUCCUCACGUUUCCCUCUGCAGAAAUUGAAUUACGCCACCCGAUCCGAAUGUUCAUGAGGUUCAUUGACGAAUUGUAUAUACUGUUUAAAUUCACCGCGGAAGAGGCGAGACAGUUGGUACAGAGGUAUUUGACGGAGAACCCAGACCCGAAUAACGAAAAUGUGGUGGGAUAUAAUAAUAAAAGCUGCUGGCCGAAAGAUUGCAGAAUGAGACUAAUGAAACACGACGUUAAUCUUGGAAGAGCGGCAUUCUGGGAAAUGCAAUCACGCUUGCCAAGAUCCAUCACCACUCUCGAAUGGUCAGACUCUUUCGUAUCCGUCUACAGUAAAGAUAACCCCAACCUACUCUUCUCCUUAUGCGGUUUCGAAGUUAGAAUUAGGAGGUACGGCGCGGCUAACUCAGUGAGUGAUACCACAGUGGGCACAGUGGAUACCGUAAAAUUAUCAGAGAGUAGUUGGAGACUACAGAAUAUGAAGACGAAACAACUAAGUGCAAUAGCCUAUCUACGUGUAUCAAACGAGAGCAUGAGCAUGUUUGAGAACAGAGUGAGGCAAAUAUUAAUGUCUAGUGGAAGCACGACAUUUACGAAAAUAGCAAAUAAAUGGAAUACGGCGUUAAUAUCACUAAUGACAUACUUCAGAGAAGCAACAAUACACACCAAUGAACUCUUGGACCUCCUGGUCAAAUGUGAGAAUAAGAUACAAACGAGGAUCAAAAUCGGGUUAAAUAGUAAAAUGCCAAGCAGAUUCCCACCAGUGGUCUUUUAUAGUCCCAAGGAGCUGGGUGGCCUAGGCAUGCUUUCCAUGGGACAUAUUCUCAUUCCACAGUCUGAUUUACGCUAUAGUAAACAAACUGAUGCUGGGAUCACACAUUUCCGCAGUGGCAUGUCACAUGAAGAUAAUCAACUCAUACCAAAUCUUUACAGGUAUAUCCAAACGUGGGAGAGUGAGUUUAUAGAGAGUCAGCGCGUGUGGGCGGAGUAUGCAUUGAAGCGUCAGGAGGCGCAGCAGCAGAAUCGGCGUCUGACAUUGGAAGAUUUGGAGGACUCAUGGGACAGAGGAAUCCCGAGAAUAAACACGUUGUUUCAGAAGGAUAGACACACGUUGGCAUAUGACAAGGGCUGGCGUGUGACGUUGUAUUUCAGGAAAUACCAAGUGCUGAGAUUUAACCCGUUUUGGUGGACACACCAACGCCAUGAUGGAAAGUUAUGGAAUUUGAACAAUUACAGGACAGACAUGAUCCAGGCACUGGGCGGAGUGGAGGCAAUUCUGGAGCACACGCUGUUUAAGGGAACAUAUUUCUCAACGUGGGAAGGUUUAUUCUGGGAAAAGGCGUCAGGAUUUGAGGAGUCAAUGAAGUAUAAAAAAUUAACAAACGCACAGCGCAGCGGACUAACACAAAUACCAAACCGUAGAUUUACACUCUGGUGGUCGCCAACGAUAAACAGAGCGAAUGUGUAUGUUGGAUUCCAAGUACAGCUAGACCUCACGGGAAUAUUCAUGCACGGGAAAUUGCCCACCUUAAAAAUCUCACUGAUUCAAAUAUUCAGAGCACAUCUGUGGCAGAAAAUACACGAAAGUAUCGUCAUGGAUUUGUGCCAGGUGCUGGAUAUGGAGUUGGACUCGUUGGAAAUUGAAACGGUGCAAAAGGAAACAAUCCACCCAAGAAAAUCAUAUAAAAUGAAUAGCUCAUGCGCAGAUAUACUAGUGACAUCGUCGUACAAGUGGAGAUUCGGGAAACCAUCACUACUCACAGAUACAACACCAAUUGAAAAAUUGGAGAAUGGAACCAAGUAUUGGAUAGACGUGCAGUUGCGUUGGGGGGAUUACGAUUCACACGAUAUAGAAAGAUACUCAAGGUCGAAGUUUCUGGACUACACGGGGGACAGCAUGUCGAUAUACCCGUGUCCAACAGGAUGCCUGAUAGCGGUGGAUUUAGCAUAUAAUUUACACAGCGGAUACGGGUACUGGUUUGAAGGAAUGAGAGAGUUAAUGGUCAGAGCAAUGAAUAAAAUCAUGAAGGCAAACCCGGCAUUAUUUGUGUUGAGAGAAAGAAUAAGAAAGAGUUUACAGCUAUACAGUAGUGAGCCGACAGAACCGUAUCUGUCCUCACAGAACAUGGGUGAGUUAUUUGGCUCCCAGACGAUCUGGUUCGUGGAUGACACGAAUGUAUACCGUGUAACAAUACAUAAGACGUUUGAAGGUAAUUUAACAACAAAGCCCGUAAACGGUGCGAUUUUCAUAUUUAACCCGAAGACCGGUCAGUUGUUCCUAAAAGUCAUUCACACAUCUGUAUGGGCAGGACAGAAACGUCUAUCACAACUUUCUAAGUGGAAAACAGCAGAAGAAGUCGUGGCACUUAUCAGAUCACUGCCCGUGGAAGAACAACCGAAGCAAAUAAUAGUAACGAGACGUGGAAUGUUAGACCCGUUAGAGGUACAUUUAGUGGACUUCCCCAACAUUGUGAUCAAGGGUAGUGAAUUACAGUUGCCGUAUCAGUCAAUAAUGAAGUUGGAGAAGUUUGGCGACCUGAUAUUAAGAGCGACACAGCCGGAAAUGGUACUCUUCAAUCUCUAUGACGACUGGCUCAAGAGUAUCAGCAGUUACACAGCAUUCAGCAGAUUAAUUUUAAUUUUGAGAGCAAUUCAUGUGAAUCCGGAGAGAGCCAAAUGUAUCCUAAAACCCAAUAAAACAACUAUUACCCUGCCGCAUCAUGUGUGGCCGAAUUUGACAGAUAAUGAAUGGAUAAAUGUGGAAAUAGCACUAAAGGACUUGAUUCUAGCGGACUACGCCAAGAGGAAUUCAGUCACCGUAACCUCGCUGACUCAGACGGAAAUAAGAGACAUAAUCUUGGGAAUGGAAAUAGCGCCACCGGAUGUACAACGACAACAAAUUGAAGAGAAUAUAGAAGUGGGCCCCAAAUCUGUGACCACUAAAACGGUAAAUGUGCAUGGAGAUGAGAUUGUAGUUACCACACAGUCGCCACAUGAACAACAAGUGUUUGCCAGUAAAACUGAUUGGAGGAACCGUUGUCUGGCAUCAGGAACAUUACACCUGAGAGCUAAACAUAUUUAUGUAGUCCCAGUGGAGUCGGAACAGGUAAUUGUACUACCAAAUAAUUUGAUAAAGAAGUUAAUAUCAAUUGCUGAUUUAAGAACACAAGUUGGAGCUUAUUUAUACGCCAAAGUUGAAAAAACAGAUCAUACAGUCUAUUCAAUAGUGUGUAUGGUAUUGGUGCCACAAGUGGGAACGCACAAGAGCAUUGUGUUGCCAAAAUUGAAGCCAGAACACGAGGCAUUGAGUGAGUUAGUGCCAAUUGGCUGGAUAUUCACACGUCCCAAUGAGGGAGAAAUUGAACAACAAACGUUGGAAAUGCACCAGAAGAUGAUUAAUGAUUUUAGUUGGGAGCCCUCAGCAGUGAUGGCGACAUGUACAUUUACACCAGGAUCCUGUGCAAUCGCAGCUAAAAGAUUAGUAAACGCAUUAGAAAAGCCGCAGAAUUUGCAAUUGGAGAAGGUGCAAGUUCUAGUGUCUGACACGUUUAAAGGGUUUUUCCUGGUACCAGUAGACGGCGCCUGGAAUUAUAACUUUAUGGGAGCGAAACACUCACCGCAUAUGAACUUUCAGUUACAAAUUGAAGUCCCAAAACCCUUUUAUGAUCCGAUCCACAGACCACUCCACUUCAUACAAUUCGCACACACGGCACAGGAAAAAACAUUCGAAGACGAUGAUCCACUUUCAUAGCCGCCGUCACUUUUCUGGUAAUUUUGAGGCAUUUAUAGGCUUUUUUGGAUUUCUUUACCGAUAAUUGGGGAUAUAUUUACUGAUAAUUGGGGAUUUAUUAAUGGAA